AUGAAAUAAAAGUGAAUAAAAUACGGCGCGGGCGAAAAAUUGUAUUUUACCGGGCGGUGUUUAGUUUUGUCGAAACGUUACGUUUAAUUUGAUUUCAAGCAUGGACGAAACAGUAUUAUUACCUUCACCGAACUGGUUUCUUGUUUCAAAUUUGGCCGUAAGCUCUGAUGGCUGGCUUAUUUACGGUGGCCCGUCUAAAAGUCUUUGUGUUUUGGAGCCACGAAAGGCAGAUGAAGGAGUUAUUUCUUCAAAUGAAAAAUAUCAGGCUCAUGUGGUUCUCAGGGCACAUUCCGAACGUAUUGUAGCAGUGAAUAUUUCGCCGGAAUGGUCAGAAAAAAGGACCUUACUCACCGGCAGUCAAGACGGAGUGGUCAAGCAAUGGGUUCUAGAAACUGUUAACAAUAGAAUUAAAAUCAAAGCUCAAAAUGUCAAUGAUGUACAUCAAGCAGAACAAGAAGAUGUUGUUGGAGUAGGUUACAGUAGUUCAACAAUGGCCAUAUCAGUUGGGGGUUACAGUAAUGUAGUGAAAUGGGACUUGUCUUCCAAUGUUACCACAGGAUACCCUCACUUAAUUAAGGGCUUGAAGCCAACCUGCAUGGCUUGCUCACCUCAUUUGCCAUUACAAGUUGCUGUCGGAACAAAGCAGGGUGUCAUCUUUGUUUUGGAUCUUCAUGAAAAAGGAAGUAUAUUAUACAAAGUUAGAAGCCAAGAUGAAGAAGUAGCAAAUCUAAGCUGGUGUCCACAAUAUGAAGUGACCGUUAAGAAAACAUUCAAAGAGACCAAAUCAUUCCUAACAGACAGACUAGCAUCAAUAAGGAGUGAAGGCACAAACUCAAAAACAAAAGAAACAAAUGUUCUAGAACAAUCCGGUAUUGGUAAAACCCUUCCGGAUGACAGUUUUGAUGACUCAAUAGUCCAAGAAGAUGAUACCUUUGAUAUCUAUGCUGACCAUGAGGCUGAAGAGUUUGGUCACAAGAAGUAUGUACCAGAAGAUAUAGUGGUUAAGGUAAAGCAGGAGAAAGCUGCUGAUGUUGAUUAUUUGGCUGAAUGUUUGAAACUCAAGGAGGAGAUCUUGAGAAGGAAGAAUCAAACUGAACCGAGUAUUGAGUCACUGGUUGAUGCGUUAGAUAAAACUCAUGUGGGAACUGCUAAUUCGGCUGAUACUAAAGUUGAUAGUGCACAAACGCAGUCUGAAAGUGUUGAGGCAAGCACUAGUAAGGCAAAAUGUGAUAAUACUGAUGCCAAAGUCGCUAACGAAUCUAGUCACUAUCACAAACAUCUACUUGCUUCUAUAGGAAAAAAUGGAGGUGUUCGAGUAUGGUCUAAAUCUGGUCAGCUAGUUAGCUCUAGUAUUGUAAAUGCCUCUCAAAAAACAGUCAAGAAAGGGCCUGUAGCAUCUACAAUUCUCUGGUACAAAGCGGAUACCCUGCUCAUUGUUGAUCCCAAGAGUCAACUGUUGGAGACUAAUCCACUACAAAUUAACAACAAGAACAAACUGGCUUGCCAAUUAGUUCAUCAACAACACAAGCGUGGUAUGUACUGCAUAGUCACGAAUGCUCCUCGCGUACAAACUGAAACAACAGUACCGUCAGACGAUUGGUCAGUCUGGUCAGCCUCUCAAGACCGCAACAUUAUACGAUACUGUUUGAAGAGUAAGAAGUCUUUAGCGGUCCAUUCAACUUGUGGAGGUUUCUUAUAUACGGUCUUGAGUUGCCCGUAUGAUGCUGGGAAAGUGGCAGUAAGCGUGGGCGACGGUACAAUUCGCGUGCUAGAAAUGGCGACCCUACCUGACGAUGACACAAAGUUAACAGUUCCUAGCGUCAUGUCCUACUGGCAGAAUGUUCAAGGCAAAGUGCUGACUAUCGCCUGGCAUCCGACAAGAGAGAAUUUACUGGCUUUCGCUACGGGAGAGGCUCGGGUAGGGCUGCUAGACACGGGCGGUCGCUACGAGCGGCCGGGCCGCGUGCUGCACCCGGGGCUGAGCAAGGCGGUGUACUCGCUGUGCUGGGGGGACGGCAUGCAGCUGUUUGCCAGCGGCGGCGGUGCUCUUGUCGUCUACAACGCUAGUAAUGUGGAUGAACCUCCGCAACAGAUAAACGUGAACAUAGAAGGUCAGUCGUGGCAGAUCUGUGCCGUGUCGUGGACGUCACAGGGUCUGCUGGUGGGGUCACAGGCGGGUGCGGUCGCGUUGUUGACUCAGCUCGCACCGCAUACGCUUAUCGCUGCUGCCUUUGUUUUUACUAAAAUGAUACAUGCUAUGGAAUGGCACCCUCAACAGACGUCAAGCUCAAGCGAUCUGUCUCCAUUCAAAAAUCUGAUUGCUGUCACCUCAUUGGCUAAAGAGAGUAACAUUGUCGUACUGGAGUAUGGGACCAAAGAAGAUGGUACUAGACAGUUUACUACUUGGAAGACAUUGGUGGGACACAAGAAUCCGGUGCUUCAAGUUGCAUGGAAUCCACAUCGUGAUGGUCUGUUGGUGUCUUCAUCACAAGAUGCUACUGUUAGGGUAUGGGAAAUGUCAUCAGGCUCCUGUAUAUCAAUAUUCGGUGGUCACGCGCAAUCGUCGUUAGGCGUCACCUGGGUGAGCGAGCCGCAGUUACCGCAUCACGUCAUCACGGGCGGCGCUGAUGCUUGUCUGCGGGUCUGGGAUAUUUACCAGCAUAAGGCUGAAGAUUAUGAAGAAUUGAAACACGAAGUUCACUCAAAAACCAAACGUAAGAAAGAAAAUGCUAGCCGAACUGAACCGGACGCAACAGCGGCCGAACCAGAAAAUGUUGCCACAAAAAUAGAUAUUACUGCCAAAACACCGAAACCACCCAAAAAGUUCCUAUUACCCAUUAUGUACAAACGAAUUUAUGAUCCGCUUAAAAUAAUGGCACCGAAGAAAAUGCUACAAAUGUUUUUGGAAAAGACUGAACGUAAAGGCGAAAGGGGAGACGGAAUAGAUAAUGUAAACGACGAAAAAUUGAAUACUGUUGAUGAAAAGGCGGAUUCAAUUUCCGUAAAAGACCAAGGUGACAUAGAAGAAAAAGGCGAUGGUAUUGAAAAUACUAAUGCUAAAGAAACAGUUAAGACUGAAGUAGAAGUAGGAGAAAGUUCGAAAAUUAAAAUAGAAGAAGAAAAAAAGGAAACACGCAAGAAUUCCAGAGAAUUCAAUUUAGAUUUCCUCAAGAUUUUUGGCAGCAUAAGAGAUGUUAACGAAUAUUUGGAUUUGGAGAUGGCCAGUCACUUGCAGUCCUAUCACCCAGAAUCUUGGAUCAUGCUGUCGAUAUUCCGCGGACAUAUCGACACUAUGAUACAAUUCGCAAGUAAGCGUGAUAUGCUCUGCCCCUUCCUGCUUAGUAUGGCGCCUUGCGUGUCAUUCAAAUAUUGGAAAGACGCCACGCAACUUUAUUUAGCGCAAAUAGAUCGACUCGUAGCCAAAGGUGAAGAAGAAAAACUUUAUGAUAACAGGCAUUAUGGUGGGUCGACAUACCGCAAGGCUGCCAUCUUACUUAGUAUGCACGAUGUGAUGGGCGCAGUCAAAGCUCUCUGUGACGGAAAACUCUUCAAAGAAGCUUACAUACUAUGUCGGAUAAGAUAUAUGGACAGUGUUGCUACGGAAAUGUUAAGGAAAUUGGCUGUUGAUCUGAAGCUUACUGGGAACAUGCCGAUGGCGGCUGUAUGUUAUAUCGCCAUGGAUGAUCUAUCUCAAGCUGCUCAAGUGCUAGCGAUGUCCCACGAUCAAGAAUGUCUCAGCCUAGCUGCGGAGAUCGCUAAAAUUGCAGGCAGGACCACAUUCGCUGACCAAGUAGAGAAGAAAGCUAAGGAAUCGAAAUCACAAACAUCUGAAAAGACUGAAGAGAUAUUAAAAGAACUUCCGUCGAAAAUUGAACUCCUUAUGAAGGAGAAUAAGGUUCAAAAUAGUGAUACGUUAAACGGCGAAACCUCUAACAGUGAUAUUUUAAAUGGUGAUCAUUAAACCAACGAAUUAUUUUAACUUUAAUGUGUAUUAUCGACUUGAGUCGAAUCUCAGUGUGCUGUAAAAAAUAGUCUCUUCCAUUUAUGAUAUUGCAUUUUUGCCCGACUGCCAAGGGUUAUGUUUUCUGUGUAACAACUUUUCAGUAAAUACUUUAUCAAUUAAAUGUUUUUAAAAUAAUAA